GAUCUUCCACCUAAACAAACUUUCAAUUUCAUGUUUGAAUAUGGACUGUUCAUUCUGAUAAUUGUAAUAUAUUUUUAUAUUCAAGACUGGGAAAAUUUAAGAUUAAAACGUUAUAGUUUUCCUCAGCGAGUUUUAGGAAACGAAAGUUGGGCACCACAGUUCAUUUAUCCAAAUCAUUGGCGAGGCGGAUCUACUACUAACGUGUCGCGACAG